GGCUAGGCUGGUCUUUACAAGGGCCUUCCGAGAUCAUGCCCGUCUCCUACCACAAGCCUUCCUGCCUGCACAUCGUCACUGAUUCUUCAUAUACGGACCUUCUAAGGAAUGUGGAACGCCUUUGGCAUAUUGACACCCUUCCUUACGUCAGUGAGAAAACCGCAUCUCGUUCCAAACAAGACCAGCAAGCGCUCAGUCUCCUACAGACAGCAUCUCAACAUGUGUCUGUCAAUGGUAUCCAACGCUAUGCUACACCGUUGUUACGCCCGUCAACCAGCCGUCACACUCUGUUUACCGCCAGAUGCUGUGAUGCCCAACCUUCGCAGCACUGAAUGCAGGUUGGCCAAAGACACUGCUCGAUCAGCCUCGUACUGUAAAGAGAUAGAUAAGCUCAUCCAGGCUGGCUAUGUCACGGAGAUUUCUACAGAGGAGGCUAUGAAGUCCACAGAAUCGUGGUACGUGCUGCAUCAUAUGGUGCACCACAAUGGAAAGGACAGAGUAGUUUUCAACUGUUCCUUCUCCUGCAAUGGUCUAUCCCUAAACGACCAACUCCUGCCUGGGCCUACUUUGGGUCCAACCAUGAUAGGGGUCCUGAUGCGGUUCCGAUGUCAUGCAGUGGCCAUUAGUGGAGAUAUUAAGUCAAUGUUUCACCAGAUCCGCUUACUGCCCAGUGACAAACCACUUCUACGAUUCCUGUGGCGGAACAUGGAGAGAACCUCUGAACCCCGUAUCUUCCAAUGGGAGGUCUUACCAUUCGGAACAACGUGCAGUCCCUGCUGUGCAGUCUAUGCCCUACAGCAGCACGCCAGGGACCAUGAACCACCUGACUCUCUGCUCAUGCGAGUGAUUGAGCAGUCGUUCUAUGUGGACAAUUGCCUACACAGUAUGACUAAAGCUGAAGAUGCCAAGACUUUGAUCGACAACCUACGAGCCCUUUUAAGCAAAGGAGGCUUCGACAUCUGCCAGUGGGCUAGUAAUGUGCCUGAAGUUGUUGCCCACUUACUGCCUGAAGCACGGUCAGCUAGCAGUGAGCUAUGGUUGUCCAAAGCCAGUGCCAACCUCACUGAGCCCACACUUGGGCUCUGCUGGGAUUGUUUGAACGACACCUUCAGUUACAAGCAUCGCCAUGCUGAAUCUUCAGUCGCCACUCUUCAAAAUGUCUACAGUGUCCUCGCCAAGCUUUAUGACCCUUUGGGCUACAUUGUGCCUUUCACCACUAGAUGUAAAGUGCUUAUUCAGGACAUGUGGAAGUCCAACAUCGGCUGGGAUGACCAGAUCCAACCUGCAGAUCUUCUGGACAAGUGGGUGAAUUGGGUGCAAGAAAUUCCUGCUCUGCAACAUCUCAAGCUGCCACGUCCCUAUGCUCCAGACACUGCCAAUCCUGCCACUGCAACCCGUCGCAUUCAUAUAUUCUGCGAUGCUUCGGAACGAGCUUAUGGGUCAGUAGCUUACAUGCAGACAAUUGCCAACAAUCAACACGUCUAUGUGUCCUUUGUGUUUGCCAGAUCAAGAGUCGCGCCCCGAAAGCAACUGUCCAUCCCACGUCUAGAGCUUAGUGCCGCACUCACAGGAGCACAGCUGGCUAGAGUGCUUGAGACAGAGCUUGCUAUACCGCCUGAGCACAUCACUCUCUGGUCAGACUCCACGACCGUACUGUACUGGAUAAAAUCGGACUCCUGCCGUUACAAAGUGUUUGUGGGCACACGCGUCGCAGAAAUCCAGAGCCUGACUAACCCGGCUCAAUGGCAAUAUGUUGACUCCCCAAGUAAUCCAGCAGACGACAUUACCCGCGGACUCACUCUCCAAGAUAUGGUGCAGGACCAUCGCUGGAAGAAAGGUCCACCUUUCCUCUACCUGCCAGAGAAAGAAUGGCCCACAGUGCCUUCAUCUGAAAUAGAUCCAGAUCCCACAGAGCUAAGGAAGUCUGCCUUCGUGGGAACAGUUUCCACCACAUCGCCUUCACAACUUCCUGACUCCAGUAAGUUCUCCACCUGGAAAGAGCUUCUCCAGGAGACCGCUAGCUCCCUUCAUGGGGCGGCUGAUGCCAACUCUACCUCGACCACGGCUGCUAAUUUUCUGCAAGCAGAGAAGCUGUUGCUCCAAAGGGCUCAAGAAGACUCCUUUAUUGAAGAAUUGAGAGCCUUGAAAGCUGGACGUGCUCUUCCAUCAGGCAGUCGACUUGCAUCUCUAUCACCAGAAUAUGAAGACGCCACUGGUCUACUAAGAGUUGGUGGUAGGCUGAGGCAUGCAGAGGGACUGGCUAUGGAUACGAUCCACCCUGUCAUUUUGGACCCGAGUUACCCUGUGACGAAGCUUAUCAUUAAAGACAUCGAUGAGUCACUACUGCAUCCGGGGCCGGAACGAGUUCUUGCUGAGCUCCGACAUCGAUUCUGGAUCAUCAGAGGCAGAGAGGCCAUUCGGAAGCAUCAAUACUCAUGUCUGGAGUGUCGACGAUGGCGAGCGAAACCUGAUGUUCCUAAAAUGGCUGAUUAUCCACCUGCUCAACUACGACUCCACAAGCCACCGUUUUAUUCAACCGGAGUUGAUUGCUUUGGACCUUUCCAAGUGAGGAUCGGUCGCCGCACUGAAAAGAGAUGGGGCAUAGUCUACAAAUGCAUGACAACUCGCUCGGUGCAUCUGGAGUUGUUGGAGAGCCUUGAUACGGAUGCUUUCCUUCUGUCAUUGAGAAGAUUCAUCUCCCGACGUGGCAAACCGUUCGAACUCCUUAUGGACAAUGGUACCAACUUCGUCGGUGGAGAGCGAGAGUUACGUGAAGCAGUCGCUGCCAUGGCAUCUCCCUUGAGAGAGCAACUUGCUGAACAACAGAUAUCCUUCCGAUUCAAUCCUCCGAGCGCGCCGCACUUCGGCGGCACUUGGGAGAGGGAAGUGAAAUCUAUCAAGACAGCACUUCGCGUCGUUCUCAAAGAUCAGAUCGUUCCUGAACCUGUCUUGUUAACCACUCUGGUGGAGGUCGAAGGCAUACUGAAUGCUAAACCUUUAGGCUACUUGUCUUCAGAUCCCUCUGAUCCAGACCCGGUUACGCCAAACCUACUCCUUAUGGGCCGACACGACUUGUCGCUUCCUCAAGCAGUCUAUGACCCUAGUGAGCUUGGGAGAAGACGUUGGAGGCACAGUCAAGCUAUCGCUGAUCGCUUCUGGUCCUCUUUUAUCAGUCACUAUCUGCCGGGGCUGCAAGAGCGCAGUAAGUGGAAGAAGGACGGUAAUGCACUCUCCAUUGGUGACGUUGUCUUAAUCAUUGAUCCCCAACUUCCCCGAGCAUCGUGGCCUGUAGGACGGGUCACCGGGGCCCAUCCAGGAGCAGAUGGACGCAUCCGAACUGCCAGUGUUCAAGUGAAGGAUCGUACCUACGUUCGUCCAGUUGCCCGGCUCAUCCUGCUCCCAGCACUUGAGGACAAGGAUGAAGAAGAUGCCACCAAAUAGACUUUCUUCUUCUCUUUCAACUGCCCUGCGGACAGUUGGGGGCGGCCUUGUCUGAAAGCCUAUUUGGACAGUGCUGGGAUUUCCGAGAUGCACUUGAACGCCUCUCACGCUCAUCUCACGUGAACUGUGCCUGCAUGCAGAGAGGCAGCGUGAUGAUCAGCUGUUCCUGCUCCAGGAGGAUGGAUACUGCCACGGUGAACUGUUUUUCCUAGUUUGUGUGCGUUAUAUGGACAAAAGUAAGUUUAAUAAUGCUGUUGCAUGUUUCUGGGACUUUGUGAUGAACACUGGUUAGUUUAUUGAGUGCUAAGUUUUCCUUUGUUGUUUGCAUGCUUAAUUAGUAGGUCACAAUGUUAUAGCCUUAUGUCAUGCCUGGUCUGUAUUGUCAUCGUAGCAAUCAUAAAUAUAAACAUAAAUAAGGCCAAACUUAAUAUUCUUAGGCUAAUGUUAUUUUACCGUUAUUAGCUUAUUAUUUCAUGGCUUAUUUUGAAACGACUAUUCUAAUUGUAUAUUAUUUCUUUCUGUUUUUUCCUGUUUAGACCACACACACACACACACACACAUAAACACACACCCACAUCAAUGUAAACAACUCAUCCUCAAUCAAUCACCAUUCUGUGCUGUGGAAGUAAAGCUGUUUAAAGGAUUCUCUGACCGGAGUUCAUCUGUAGUGUUCCCAACCCUAAACCACCCUAUAACCUAUCCAUACUUUACAAUCCUCCUCUCCCCAGCCCAGGAUCUUGAUGGUAUGUCUACCCACAGCAGAGCCUGAAACGUGCUGAUACACACCUGGAGACAGGAAGAGGACGCAAGAAACACAAGUGGGAACCACGAGGUCACAAGCAACACUGUACACAAUCACUGAGCAGAAUAUGCAGUUAGGGUUCACCCUGUACUCAAUAUUCAGUGUAAUGCGUGUUUGCAUUAUAUCUCUUACUGGUGCAUGUGUUCUUGCCAGACUUGCACAAUACAAAGUCUUCAUAGACUUUAAAUGCUCCCUCUACUGGGUCGUUCUUGUAUAUCUCAGUCUGAAUCUGGAUCACAUUUGAUAAUGGGCCAACCAUCCUGUCUCACAUUCUUUGAACCAUUAAACCUAAAUUCAAAUGCACUGUUUUGUAUAAGUUUUAUGGAUGACAAUUUUCAUUUAUUCACAUGGGAAUGCAAAUAAACGUAAGUUACCCAGACAUAAACAGGUCCUAAAAUCAAUACGUCUCAUAUCGGGAGGGCCCAGUUACAUAAAGAAAAAACCUCCAGGAAGCGUAUAAAUAUCAUAAUAGGUUCAUUUUUAACACGACUUAGUAUGGACACUGAAAUGCUGUCUGUCAACUAUCAAAUUCAAAACAGAUAACCAGUUCACAUACAGCUCAAUGAGCUCCAGUUGAUGAGGAGCAUCAUCAGGGUCCACAGAGAAAGGAGAAGAAAAAAAAGCAACAUCUCAUUUUCAAUAGCUGAGAGUUGGUAAACUCAUUGUUUAUGUAUUAAUAUUGUCCUGUGGAAAACUGUAGAGCUGAGAAAUGUGCAGUGUCAGGCUCAGUUUGUGACAAGUGUUUCUGGAAAAGUUGUAGCUUGGUUCCAAAGGUUUUGAUGUGUGCAGACAACUGGCUCACCGCUGCAUCUUAUGCUUGAAGUCUCAUGUUGAGCACAUUCAAAUGCUUUAUUUAGUCAACUAAAAAUGCCAAAUCUGCCAGCCGUACAGGAUCUGAUAGUUGUGGCAUGUAUUGUCCCUUGUUUGCCAGGAACUGUCCUUUUUUUCUCACUGAGACAGAAAAAGCAUUGCUGUGAAGCAAAGACUGCUUCCAGUUGCUUCACCUUCUUAGUGCGGUUGCUCCUGGGUAACUUGUCAUAUGCACUAGAAUGUUUUGACUGGUAGUGUCUUUCCUUUCUUUUUAUAAAAAAAAAAAAAAAAACAAAAAAAAAAACAAUCUGCAGUUUCCAUUUAAGAAAUCGUCUGGAAAGGGUCACAGAGAAGUCACAUAGUCAGAGGGAGGCAACAGAGCAUUGCUGCCAUCAUUCAACAACACACAAUUGCAUUUUGUCUCUCAGAGAUAUGCAUAUUCUCUUUGACAGCACUGAUGGGCCACAAAUUAUACAUUAUAUGACAGCGGCUGUGUAAAAUCUGACCACAGGCUGGACUUUGGACAUGCCUGGUUGAGAUGAACAUAAGGAACAUGUUUUUAGAGAGACAAGCUAACAGGGCUCCUCCCCUUCUUCUCCUCCACAUCCUGAUUCUUCCUGCCCAGAUCUGCCUCCAUAGUUGUGCUGCUUCCUCCUUAGCUUCAAAGUGGUUUUAUGGCAAUAUUUUAAUAUCCAACUGUAGUACUCAAAUGAAAAUAGACAGAUAUUUUGUUGGUGUGCUUGCUCUUUUAUUGUAAAUAUCGGUAUAAUACAGUAAACAUGAAGGUGAAAAUACAGGCAAGUCCACCACCAAGAUGCAACAUCAUCAAGGACGCUGAUGUUCAGAUUGCAGAAUAGUCACCAUUCAUCCUCCCAUCCUCAGGAGUUUGUACUUCAAAGACGUCACUGUCAAGUCUGGAAGUCCAUACUUACCGUACUCGAUAUUUAUUUGAGGAGAUUAUUUGGCUCACAAGUCAAAACAAGUCUGGGCUUGUCCAUUGGAGGAUACAGAGAAGUUUGCGCCUUUUUCUCAUUUUCACAGAGCAAUGUAAGGCCUUUGCACCUUUCAUGCUUCUUGGAAAAUAUGUUUUCUGCCUGCAUUUUUCAAUUUUUUACAAGUUUGGACCCUUUCAAAGGACAUUUGUCUCCAGUAAAGCGGAUGCCAUUUUCUGUCUGAACGAGGGGAGUUGUUUUCUCUAUUCCAGUACUAAUCGGAAACUGCUGGUAUUUUUCUAGCUUGAAAUGUGUACAUGUGAACGUGGGUAAGGUGAAUAGUAAGACUUUGAUAAUCAUUUUGUUUGUAGAGUUUCUCUCGACCUGUGUGUUCUCUACAUACAGUUUUGAAACAGAGUAGAAUUCAAAUUACUUCAGUGUAGUUUUGAAAAGUAAAUGCCCAUUUUUAACAUUAGCCCCAUUUAUUGUCCUAUUUUUGUAUAAAGCCUCAUUAUAAUGCCUUGGAAAUGCAAGUACUGCCCUGUCAUCUGUGAGAAGAGAACACAGCUUAUCAAACAUUGUCGGCUAAAACAUGGAACUUCUGCCAGAACUGAACUCUUUCUUGCUUACACCAGGAAUGUAUGUGUACAUUUAAGUCUCUCAAUGCACUCCAUAGCUAUUUAUCCUGCUUUCACAUCAUAAAUGUGGGUCAAAUGCAAACUGCAGACUCUAGAAUUAAGUUUUGCUGUUUGUCAUGGUAAUUUUGUCUCAUGACAAAUGUAUUUUUUUUCAAAAUUUUCAGGUUGGAGUUUAACAGGGUUGAAAUCUUCAAGAAAAAUUCUUUCUAAUUUCAUGGAAAUCUUCAAGAGGAAGAUGGGUCGGAGAGGCAAGCAGUUAGCUGACCUGCUACAACAGACAACGAGCACUGAGCCAACAGCCAUUAGAAGCCUUGUCCUGAGAGGACUUAAAGUCAUUCUUAGGGACAAUGCAUCCAUGUUCUUUCAGAGCAAUUUGAAUCUUAAUGAGGGAGACUCCGGCGACAUUCCAGUGGCAUUACUCUGCUAUGAGGACAACAGCGCUGCAAGCCCAGCAUCACCACAACUAAACCCUUCAUGAGUGGGAAUCAUCCUAGAGGGCAGCCCUGUAAUGGACACACUCACCAACCUACCUCAAGCAAUGUGCCUCUUGUUUGGCUUUACCUCCACACUCCACCUGCACUACCUGAGGAGCAUGAACACCUUUACCUUCAUUCAGCAGGUCAUAAUAAAUUCAGGCCGAAGAGAGCUACCUCCAAAGACUCAAAAGCUGAAGAAUGAGCUUGCAGUGCAAGGCACAACUCUUCAAGCCCAUGUCUGGAUUAUUGCACAGUUAAAUUGCACUGACUGAAACAAAUAUUCAUGCUGUUGCUCAUUUUGUAUGUGAUUCCUCUUGUACAAGAUGCAUCUAGUAUUGUUUAUUUUACUAAAAUUAUUCCACAGAGGACAUAUUUUAGAAAGUUGCAGUUUUUUUUAAACCCAUUCUUGUCCUCACUGCAUGUUGAGCAAUAUUUGUUGUUUUGUUAUGUUUCAAUAAAAUGAAUUAAAUGUG